CAAUCGCAGUUUUGACGUUUCAACACAACCCGUGUAUGAAAUUUUGUUCAACAAAAUAAAUUCUUGGUUAAAUUCCUCUUCAAAUAUUGUUAAACCAUAAAAUGAAAUUAACACAAUUUCUAGCAAGUAAAUUGAAAGAUUUUUCAAAUCUUCCAAAGGAAUACAUAGAAAGAAGCAAACAACAAGUUUAUUGGAAAACACCAAGAGGCCUCCCCAACUACUUGCCCAAAACAGUCGAACGGAAAAAGUUCCGAUACACAACAAAUAGAUCAUGGACAGGACAGUUCCGUCAGCAAAAUCUUCCCCACACAAUUCGCAAAAAAGUUUUCGUUCAACCAAUUGAGGAAUGGAGCUUCUUCCGAGGAGAUCGUAUUGAAGUCCUUACAGGUAGGGACAAGGGCAAGCAUGGCAUCAUCACCCAAGUUAUAGCCGAAAGGAAUUGGGUGAUAUGUGAGGGAACAAACUGGCAUUAUCGCAUUGUUGGUGCUGAGAAAGACUUCCCAGGAAUUUACAUCCGUUCAGAGGCUCCAUUGAGGGUUGAUCGGGAUAUUCGGUUGGUAGAUCCAUCAGAUUUGCAAGGAACUGACUUCGAGUGGCGUUACACAGAGGACGGUGAAAAAGUGCGAGUGUCUACGCGCUCUGGAAGAAUCAUCCCCAUUCCCGAUGCCAAUAACCAAACUCAUGACUACAAAACCAAAGCUGCAUACUUGGAACGGCCAAAAGACACUCCAGCCGCUGUGGUUGGCGAAGUAACAUUUGAACCCAAAUUGUGUACCUUCGAGAUGGACAUUAUGGAGAAGAUGGAUAUCGUCGAAGAAGGGGUUCCCAAAAAAUCCUAUUGGUAUUAAUGUUUGUGUAAAAUGGUCGUUAUAUUUCUUUAACAAUAAAAUAUGUACAAAAAAAGAUUAACAAAAAACUA